CCAACCGAUGCAAUUGCUCGAAGCCGUGGAUGGUCCCGUUUCUCAGAAUUAGGGGCUAUGAUUCCACAAUGCGGCCAUAUGUUUCAUGAUCGGCCAUUUUUGCCCACGACUCCGGUGCCGCUCGAUUUCUCGGUUUUUCCGUUCGACUAAUUGGGGCAGCCCCGCGGAGCGAACUAGUUGGUGGGAACGCUGGGACCCUGACUGGCUAGUCCGCGCUGAGCCUCUGGAGCGUUCGACAGAGGUGCACGACGUCCCUCUCGAUGCCGACUCAGACCCUACAAGAUGCAGAAAGCGAGGACUGGGCCAGGCGCUGCCGUGAAGCCGCGCAAGGAUGUUCUGGCCUCACUCAAAAUGGCCUCGAUGGAGGAAAUCUCCAGGGCCUCCCUCCCAGCAGAGAUCAUGUCCUCGAUCCUUGAUCACCUUUCCCCUGUCGAUCUCAUACGGGUAGCCCGGUCGUCCAAACUCAUGCGCGAGAUGGCAUACGACGAUACAAGAUGGGUGCAGAAACUAAAACGGAUGGGCUGCUGGGACGAAGUGGAAGCCAGAAAACAUGCGGAAGAGGCGUUUGGCACUGUCGCCGACAUGAAAAGUGUCGAGCACCAGGAGGCUGUGGAUACGCAACAAACAAAUGAGCCUGCAAGCGCCGUUUCGCAAAGUUCCGAGGCGGAUUUGCAAUCGAUCUCUGAUGGAUUCGACCAAAUCAAAUUAUCUACUGCCGCUGCCGCUGAUGUGCUAGAUGGGUCGGAAAGCGACCCGGUUUUGAGCGCGUUAAAACAGGUGAAGUCAGUGCGCGGAGAAGCGCGCCAGGAAUAUGGAAAGGUACAUGCAGCACUGGCGCCGUACUACGAUGAUAUUGUCACCUCUGGAGCUUCGCCCGACAACCUGCUUUUCAAGAACUAUACCGAUCCACAGCACCAAGCGCAGAUCCUGUCGCAGCUGCAGUACUUUUCCGAAUGCGAUUGGUCCGAGGGCUGGUAUGAACGAGCUGAACAGUUGCAGUCCGCGGUGUCGAUGUUCGAAACGGCUGCGAUCAAAGAAUACAGACAUGGGUACGAAACCGAGGAUAUCGAUGAUCGGAUGCGGAAAUAUGCCCAUGUGCUAUACACUCUAAACGGGGGAGACUCGGCUGUGGAGCUUUUCAUUCAUCACAACCAUUUGGUUACGCGACGAUCAGAGCUCGGCAAAGUGUCGGACUGUAUUGACCCUCUGACACAGCGGGUCAAACUUGAACAUACACAAGCCUUUUUUACCCGCUUAAGCGUGGCUUACAAUGAGGAGGUCUCGAUUAUCAAUCGUGCUUUCCCCUCGUCUCUGAAAGUUUCGACACCGUUCAUUGAGAAAGUUGGUCAGGAUGUCCUGUAUCCGUUUCUGACCGCCGUAUUUGACGAGCUCCAUCGCACAAAUACCGAGUCCUACUUGACCGCCGUGUCAGGAACCUUUGCUCAGUGUCUUAACCUAGCGGAUACAUUGUUGCCCAUCCAGAAUCUGGACGACAGCUUUGACGAGUUCCUGGACCAUGUCGUUGCUAAAGCUUACGAGCCUCAUAUGGACCUGUAUCUCGCAGAGGAACUGGAUCAUUUCCGAAAACUGUCCGAGGCAGCAGUGGGGGACUGGGAUAGACAGCUGUCGGAACAGGCAGCCUCGACGGAGUCAUUCUUAAUGUCGAAUAUCAAUAGACAGGCCGACAAGCGUGACUUCUUGACCUCGUUUAAGAAGGUGAUCAUGGCGCCUGUUAAUAUUCUUCCUAGCUUUUCGGGAAACAAAGCGAGCGAAUCCAAACCGGAUCCAACCCCCAGUGACGCCUCGUCCUUGAAGAGUCCCAAUCGGUUCUCGACAAUCGCUUCGCCCACGACUCCUCCUAUAAUGGAGGCUCCAACCAACGAACUUGCAGCCAAGGCUGCACUUAUGAAAUCCAAGAUGGAAGGCAUUCGAUCUCUCUUCAGCAUCGAAGUCGCUCUAAGCCUGGUGCAUGCAGCCAAGUCGAGCUUAGAGCGAGCCGCGCAAUUUAUGAGGAUCAAAGGUGAAUACGGGGCAGCUGUAAAACGGCAGUGCGAGGCCAUCUUUGUGGCCCUUGUGCGCAUCCUGGGAAUCCGUCACCUGAUCGGUGGGUUCAACAGUGCUGUCGACCACUUGUCGAACUAUCGGCCUCGCGAACAAGGGGAACGCGACCAAUCCGGCGUUGAACCGCUGGUCACAUUCUUGGAGCUGGUGAACGUGGGUGAUCUCAUUCUCCAGAUGAUCGAUGUUUUCUACGAGCAGGAACUAGUCGGCAACAAGCUGACGGAUCGGAACGAUUUCCUCGAUCCAGCCGUCAAGGAAAAGAAAAAGUUCGAGCAGAGCCUCGACGAGCGGGUGGCUGCUGGGCUCAACAAAGGGAUCGACGUCCUGAUGGAAGAAGUGGACUAUAUUCUUGCAACGAGACAGCUGGCGACCGACUUCAACCCCAGCAUGUCCACCGAUCCGUACCGGAAGACGAUGGAUGUAAGCAUCACCGAGGCAGCAGCGGCUGUGGUUGAUGUGGUGUCGUCGCAUACACAGAUGCUGGUCGGGAGCACAGAUAAGAGUAUGCUGGACGUCUUCAACCAGGAAGUCGGGCUUCGUCUGUUUGCGGCUCUGUGCAAGCAUCUCAAGCGCCAAAGGAUCAGCGUUGAGGGGUCCUUGAAGCUCAUCAGUGACAUGAACCACUACUUCAAAUUCAUCCAGACAUUCAAGAACAAUGAUCUGCUCCUCUACUUCAAGGCGUUCCGUGAGCUGUCGCAGAUCUACCUGAUCGACCCGUCAGACGCCAAGGAGCUGGCCACGAUCAUCGCAGACGCGGACCGGUUCAACGGGAUCUGGCGAGUGGAGGAGGUGUACGAGUUCGCCGAGCGACGGGCGGACUGGUACCAGGUGAAACGCGAUGUCGAGCGUGCCAUGUAUGGAAUUGGGUGCAACGUUAUGUGAAGAUGAUGUCCCGGAUUACGAUUAUACGGUGUAUAUAGAGCGACGAAUACCCCCCGAGCUUUGCCAUUUGCCGCCAGGUGUCAUGGAUAGAUUAGACGACUGAUGAGAACAAUAGGACCGAAUGUAUUAACAGAGGCAGCC